AUGUCGGACCUAACUCCAAUUAAACUUCCUUCGUCCGCUCCAUUUCCGGUUGUCAUAUCAUCUGUAUUAUGCAAACCUGGAGAUACAAUUUCCAAGCACAAGACUAUAUUCAAGUACAAAUACUGGGACUACCAAGAUGAUCCAACUUCAAAGGAGGACCCACCUAAGAAAAUACGAGUAGAACGGUUAGGUACAUUUGAGAGUCCCAUAGAAGGCGAAAUUGACCAGAUUAACAUCAAGCCAUUGCAAGAAGUGAUGCAUAGUGAUGUGGAUUUGUUAUUUGUUAAAGAAGCAUGUCCUCAUACUGUGCAAUACAGUGGGUUAUGUGCAUUAUGUGGCAAAUCCUUAGAAGAAGAAAAGGAUUAUUCAGGAUACAAUUACGAAGACAGGGCCACAAUUGAAAUGUCCCAUGACAACACUGGCUUGAAAAUUAGUUUUGAUGAAGCAGCUAAAAUCGAACACAACACAACUGACCGAUUAAUUGAUGAAAGAAAGUUGAUUCUUGUUGUUGACUUGGAUCAAACUGUUAUACAUGCCACCGUGGACCCAACUGUUGGAGAGUGGCAACUGGACCCAGCCAAUCCCAACUAUGCUGCUGUCAAAGACGUUAAGACAUUUUGUUUGGAAGAAGAGGCAAUUGUUCCUCCUGGAUGGACAGGUCCGAAAUUGGCUCCAACAAAAUGCACCUAUUAUGUCAAACUCCGUCCAGGGUUGCUGGAGUUUUUGGAGAAAAUGGCUGAGAAAUAUGAAAUGCAUAUUUACACAAUGGCCACAAGAAACUAUGCGUUAUCGAUUGCUAAAAUCAUUGAUCCAGAUGGGAAAUAUUUUGGUGAUAGAAUACUUAGUCGUGAUGAAAGUGGUUCUUUGACUCAUAAAAACUUGAAGAGAUUGUUCCCCGUGGACCAAUCGAUGGUAGUUAUUAUUGAUGAUAGGGGAGAUGUGUGGCAAUGGGAAAGCAAUUUAAUUAAGGUGGUUCCCUAUGAUUUCUUUGUUGGUAUUGGAGACAUCAAUUCGAGUUUCUUACCGAAGAAAAAUGGUCAAUUAACAGGACCAACCAAAAAGAGGAAAUCUAUAGCCAAAUUAGAAGCUGCUGCUGAACUAGCCAAGGAAUCAGAUACCAAUAAUGACAAGCAAGAGACUGAAUCGGGGGAAGAAGAGGGUGAAGAAGAUGCUGAUGGUCACUCGGACGUGUCAAACUCCCCUGUUGAAAGAAUCCUUGAACUCGGAGGAGGUGAAGGAAACACUAGUUUAUUGUUGGAACAAUCAUUGACAAGAAAUCAGUCAAUAGAAGAACAACAACAGAAGCGUCCAUUAGCAAAGUUGCAACACGAUUUGGAACAAAUGCAUGAGCAUCGCCACGAUAGUGAUAGCAAGUCAGAGAGUGGUUCUGAUGAUGAGAGUGAUGAAGAAGACAAUUUGUUAUUUGAUGAUGAUAAUGAAUUAGCAGCCUUGGAUAAAGUCUUGGGGAAUAUCCAUCAAGGGUAUUAUAACUUGUUUGAUAAAGACAAAAUCAACAAACCGGAUUUGACUGAAAUCAUACCGUCAAUGAAAAGCAAGACAUUGGAAGGGAUAACGGUCUUGUUCUCGGGUAUUAUUCCAUUGGGAAUUAAUUUGGAUUCUGCCGAUAUCGUGAUAUGGUGCAGACAAUUUGGUGUGAAAGUUGUCAAUGAAGUGUACCCAGAAGUUACUCACGUUGUUUGCCGCGAUGUUAGUGAAGGUGCUGGACCAACAUUCAAGACCAGAGUUGCAAGAAAACUAUAUCCUGACACUAUCAAAAUUGUCAAUCCAGAUUGGCUAUUUGCAUGUUUGAGUAACUGGACAAAAGUUGAUGAAAAAGAUUAUUUGAUUUCAACUGAUGAUACAAAGCUUUGGACCGUGAAAGAGAAUGAGAUUACCAAGUACCAGAAAGCUUUGGAAGACAGAAGUGCUUUGGCAAAUGCUACUCAUAUUGAUUCUAUUGAGUCAUUUGAUGAGUACGAUUUGGAUGAAGCUAAUCAAGAAGUUGAUGAUUUCUUGGCAGGGUUAAGUGAUGAUGAUGAGGAAGAAGAGGAGGAAGAAGAAGAUGAAGAGAUCGAGAAUCCAGAAUCAAAUAAUGAUGAUGAAGAAAUCUAUGAGCAAUCAACCAAUGGACAUGAUUCAUUUAUCAAGGAUGCUUAUAGUAAGAAGAGAAAUAGAGAUGAAGAGGAGGUACAACUUGUUAAAAAGCAAAAAAUAGAAAAUGGAGAAAAUGGAGAAAAUGAAAAUGAAAAUGAUUUAGACGAUUUGGAAAAAGAACUACUUGACGGUUUUGACGACUUGGAAGAAUAA